AGACCCUCUUGUCGUUAAUUUUAGUAUUGUUUAAGACCAAACAUUAAAGGGUGUUAUUGUAAUGUAACUUCGUCAUACAUCGUCAACAAUUAAAGAUCGAACAGAACCAAACCCCACACGACCUAACAACAACGACCAACCUAUCUAUCAGAGAUUCAAAACCAGACACUGUAACGACUUCACAGACAACCAUGGAAUCGUUCGACAUGAGUUCCAUGGCGGCCUCAAUCGGCGUCUCCGUCGCCGUUCUCCGUUUCCUCCUCUGCUUCGUCGCAACGAUCCCAGUCUCCUUCGCGUGGAGAUUCGUCCCGAGUCGACUCGGUAAGCACAUCUACUCAGCUGCUUCUGGAGCUCUCCUCUCUUACCUCUCCUUUGGCUUCUCCUCGAAUCUCCACUUCCUCGUUCCCAUGACCAUUGGCUACGCUUCGAUGGCGAUCUAUAGACCAAUGUCUGGAUUCAUCACUUUCUUCCUCGGUUUCGCUUAUCUCAUUGGCUGUCAUGUGUUUUAUAUGAGUGGUGAUGCUUGGAAAGAAGGAGGCAUUGACUCUACUGGAGCUUUGAUGGUGUUGACGUUGAAAGUGAUAUCGUGUUCGAUAAAUUAUAAUGAUGGGAUGUUGAAGGAAGAAGGUCUCCGUGAGGCUCAGAAGAAGAACCGUUUGGUUCGGAUGCCUUCUCUCAUUGAGUACUUUGGUUACUGCCUUUGCUGCGGAAGCCAUUUCGCUGGCCCUGUCUUCGAAAUGAAAGAUUAUCUUGAAUGGACCGAAGGGAAAGGAAUUUGGGCUGUUACUUCUGGAAAAGGGAAGAGACCAUCGCCUUACGGAGCAACACUUCGAGCUAUAUUACAAGCUGGGAUCUGUAUGGCUCUGUAUCUCUACUUAGUCCCUCAGUUCCCAUUAACCCGGUUCACUGAGCCAGUGUACCAAGAAUGGGGUUUCUGGAGAAGAUUCGGUUACCAGUACAUGGCCGGUUUCACUGCUCGUUGGAAGUACUACUUCAUCUGGUCGAUCUCAGAGGCUUCCAUCAUCAUCUCCGGUUUGGGUUUCAGUGGUUGGACCGACGAAAACACUCAAACUAAGGCCAAAUGGGACCGCGCAAAGAACGUCGAUAUCUUAGGUGUUGAGCUAGCCAAGAGUGCUGUUCAGAUUCCUCUUGUGUGGAACAUACAAGUCAGCACUUGGCUCCGUCACUAUGUGUAUGAGAGAAUUGUGAAGCCAGGGAAGAAAGCUGGCUUCUUCCAGCUGCUAGCUACUCAAACCGUUAGUGCCGUGUGGCAUGGACUGUAUCCUGGAUACAUUAUCUUCUUUGUUCAAUCAGCAUUGAUGAUCGAUGGUUCUAAAGCUAUUUACCGUUGGCAACAAGCAAUGCCUCCGAAGAUGGCAAUGCUGAGAAGUGUUAUGGUUUUCAUCAACUUCCUCUACACAGUUUUGGUUCUCAAUUACUCAUCCGUUGGUUUCAUGGUGUUGAGCUUGCACGAAACACUCGUGGCCUACAAGAGUGUAUAUUUCAUAGGAACAGUGGUGCCUAUUGCUGUGAUUCUACUCAGCUACUUGGUUCCUGUGAAGCCUGUGAGACCAAAGACCCGGAAAGAAGAAUAAAUCUGUCUUUGUUUAAAACUUCUUUGUCUUUGUUCUUCUCUUGGACCGUUUAUGUACACCACGGAACUUAGAUUUUGUGUUUAUUCUUCUUCAUUUUUUCUCAAAUCUCAGAUAUUUUACUUGAAUUUUUGAAGAAAUACAUGAUUUAGAUGUGUUUCUCUCUGUUUGUCUUAUAUACUUUGUUUGUCAGUCACACCUGCUCUUGAGUAGAA